CGGCAUAAAGAAUUUUCUGGAAGAAAGCUUUGGAGAGAGAGAGAGAGAGAGUCAAGCUUUGUUAAUCUCCGAUCUCAGCCUCCCUCCUUACCUAUAAUCUCCGAUUCAGAUUUGUGUUGGUUAGUGUGGACUGAGGCUGCUUGUGGUUUUGGGAUUCCAAUUAAAUCCAUUCUUUCUUCACAUAAGAUGCACUUCCAAUCAUCAUCAUACCAACAUGCAGAUUUUGAGUUGGUUUUUGUUUUUGAAUGGACACAAAGAGGUUCAUCCAACUGGUCGAGGAGAAAAAGAAGAGAGCCCUGGAGAAGAAAGAAGCUCCUUUAAAAUGGGAGCAGAAGCUAGAAGCUGCUGCCAAGGCAAAGGCUGAUGCUGAAGCUAAGAGGAAGCUGAAGGCUGCAAAGCAUAAAAGAAGAUCAGUUUCUGAUUCUGAUAGUGACAGUGAUGGUGACAGCAGUGAUGAGGGAAGAAAGACAAGUAAAAGAGCCCACAGGAGGCACAGGAGGCAUGGCCACUCUGACUUAGGUGGUGACAAUGAAAGGAGGAAGGAGAGGAAAUCUAAGCGAAAGCCAAAGAGACGAUCCUCUAGCUCAAAUGAUGAUAGCAGUGAGGAAUAUGAGAGUGGCUCUGAAGAAGAUAGGAAGAGAAAGAAGCGAAACCACCGAAGGCACAGGCAUUCAAGAUCCGAUACUGAGGGCUCUUCAAGUGAUGAUGAUGGUGAGGCAUUCAAGAAGAGAGGCCAUGCAAAACGACACAAGCACCAUAGGCGAUCAGAAUCUAGUGAUUCAGAUUCUUCUAGUAUUGAGGACGAUGGCUUAAUUCGAAGAAACCAUGGAAAGCAUCACAAACGCCAUAGGCAGUCGGAGUAUAGUGCUUCUGAUUCUUCAAGUGAUGAGGAAAAUGGUGCAGUCAAGAAAAAAAGCCAUGCAAAGCACCAUAAACGUCAUCGUAGAUCACGUAGUGUGGACUCCAAGUCAUCUAAUUCUGAUGCCCACAGAAGCUAUCGAAGGAGUGAGUCUAUAGGAAAGUCAUCAGAUGACAACCAUGAAGAAGCAGGUAAACGAUCAAGGCACAAGAUUUCUGGCCUUCAUCACCACCACCACCACAAACAUAGGCACCAUCACUCGGAUGAGGAGAAACAUCAUUUGCUCCAAGCAGAACCUAAUGGAAAGAAUACCGAGGAUAUGUGCAAGAUUGAGAAUAAAAAUGCUGCUCAUGAUCAUAAUGGUGGAAACAAAUAGGGAGAUUACUGGUAUUUGGGUUGGUUGAUGUACCGUACUAUUCUCAUUUGCUUUCUUUUCUGACUGAUUGGAGGGAUUUCUUGAAAUUUAAAUGCAGACAGCAAUUGCCUAUUACUAUUUUACAUUUUACUGGAAUUUGUUGAAGUUUAAUGUUCAAACUUGAUUAGUGAUUCAAGUUGCUUAGUCUGUUCUUAAAUCUAAUUGGUGUUUUUUACUGAAA